AUUUUUUAAAAAAAAGAAACCAGUUGCCUGGCUCAGUGCCUUUGCUGUCAGCCUCUCUGUCUGUUUACUGCUGAUUUGACAGCCUCUAGUCCUCCUUGGCUGUUAAAUGUGGGUGUCCUUUGUUUGUGCUGUUUCCUACAUUUGGAUGUGAGAGAAAGCCUGCCUUUGCCAUAUUGGGCUAAUGAGCCUUCUGGGUGAGCAUAUAUACUAAAUAGAUCGUCUAAACCAUGAAAGAAGAGAGUUCACAACAGCGGAGGUUUUCUUCAUGCACUGGGGUUUCGUCUGUUUUAUUUCCUCCACGAAUUGAUGGCCGAAAGCUUGUCCGGAAUGCUUCCUUUGGAGGAUACAAUGAACUUUCUCCUUCCUUGCAAGGUUUUGAAAGAGGAAAAGAAGAUAUUUCUCAAAAUAAAGAUGACUCUUCACUUUCAAUGUCAAAGAGCAAGUCUGAAUCUAAACUUUAUAAUGGCUCAGAAAAGGACAAUUCAACAUCAAGUAAACUCACUAAGAAAGAGUCUCUUAAGGUACAAAAGAAAAAUUACCGAGAGGAGAAGAAGAGAGCCACGAAGGAGUUGCUCAGCACCAUCACUGACCCCUCUGUCAUUGUCAUGGCCGACUGGCUGAAGAUUCGUGGCACCCUGAAGAGCUGGACCAAGCUGUGGUGUGUGCUGAAACCCGGAGUGCUCCUUAUCUAUAAAACACAAAAAAAUGGCCAGUGGGUUGGAACAGUGCUUCUGAAUGCUUGUGAGAUCAUUGAACGUCCAUCAAAGAAGGAUGGCUUUUGUUUCAAGCUUUUCCAUCCUUUGGAGCAGUCUAUUUGGGCAGUGAAGGGUCCAAAGGGCGAAGCAGUUGGAUCCAUAACCCAGCCUUUACCUAGCAGCUACUUGAUUAUCAGAGCUACUUCAGAGUCAGAUGGAAGGUGUUGGAUGGAUGCCUUGGAGUUAGCCUUGAAAUGUUCUAGUCUCCUUAAGCGUACAAUGAUCAGGGAAGGGAAGGAGCAUGACCUGAGCAUCUCAUCAGACAACACACACGUGACUCUGUAUGGCUUACUGCGGGCUAACAAUCUCCACAGUGGUGACAACUUCCAGUUGAACGAUAGUGAAAUUGAAAGGCAGCACUUUAAGGACCAAGAUAUGUACUCUGAUAAGUCUGACAAAGAGAACGAUCAGGAGCACGAUGAGUCUGACAAUGAAGUGAUGGGGAAAAGUGAGGAGAGUGAUACGGAUACAUCAGAGCGCCAGGAUGACUCCUACCUGGAGCCCGAGCCUGUGGAGCCCUUAAAGGAGACCACCUACAUGGAGCAGAGCCACGAGGAGCUCGGAGAGGCAGGUGAGGCUUCUCAAACGGAAACCGUGUCUGAAGAGAAUAAAAGCCUUAUCUGGACUCUGCUCAAGCAAGUCCGUCCUGGCAUGGACCUGUCCAGGGUGGUUCUUCCCACCUUCAUAUUGGAGCCCCGGUCUUUCCUGGAUAAGCUCUCCGAUUACUACUACCAUGCGGAUUUCCUGUCUGAAGCUGCUCUUGAGGAAAAUCCCUAUUUCCGUUUGAAGAAGGUCGUGAAAUGGUAUUUGUCAGGGUUCUAUAAGAAGCCAAAGGGACUGAAGAAACCAUAUAAUCCUAUACUUGGUGAAACUUUCCGUUGUUUAUGGAUUCAUCCCAGGACAAACAGCAAAACUUUCUACAUUGCUGAACAGGUGUCCCAUCACCCACCAAUAUCUGCCUUCUAUGUUAGUAACCGGAAAGAUGGAUUUUGCCUUAGUGGUAGCAUCCUGGCUAAGUCCAAGUUUUAUGGAAACUCAUUAUCUGCGAUAUUAGAGGGAGAAGCACGGUUAACUUUCCUGAAUAGAGGUGAAGAUUAUGUAAUGACAAUGCCAUAUGCUCAUUGUAAAGGAAUUCUUUACGGAACAAUGACACUGGAGCUUGGCGGAACUGUCACUAUUACCUGUCAAAAGACUGGAUACAGUGCAAUACUUGAAUUUAAACUAAAGCCAUUUCUAGGAAGUAGUGAUUAUGUUAACCAAAUAUCAGGGAAACUUAAAUUGGGAAAAGAAGUCCUAGCUACUUUGGAAGGCCACUGGGAUAGUGAAGUUUUCAUUAAUGACAAGAAGACUGAUAACUCAGAAGUUUUCUGGAAUCCAACCCCUGAUAUUAAACAGUGGAGAUUAAUAAGGCACACUGUAAAAUUUGAAGAACAGGAUGAUUUUGAGUCAGAGAAACUCUGGCAGCGAGUAACAAGAGCGAUAAAUGCCAAAGACCAAACAGAAGCUACUCAAGAAAAGUGUGUGUUGGAAGAAGCUCAGAGACAAGCUGCCAGAGACCGGAAAGCAAAAGGGGAAGAGUGGGCUUGUAAGUUAUUUGAACUGGAUCCACUCACGGGAGAAUGGCACUAUAAGUUUUCAGAUACUCGACCAUGGGACCCACUUAAUGAUAUGAUACAAUUUGAAAAAGAUGGAGUUAUCCAGACCAAAGUGAAACAUCGCACUCCAAUGGUUAGUGUUCCAAAAAUGAAACAUAAGCCAACAAGGCAACAGAAGAAAGUAACAAAAGGCUAUUCAUCCCCAGAACCUGACAUCCAGGACUCAUCUGGAAGUGAAGCUCAAUCUGUAAAACCAAGUACACGAAGAAAGAAGGGGAUAGACCUGGGAGACAUUCAAAGUUCCAUUGAGUCUAUAAAACAAACACAGGAAGAAAUUAAAAGAAACAUUAUGGCUCUUCGAAAUCAUUUGCUUUCAAGUACACCUGCUACGGAUUAUUUUCUGCAACAGAAAGACUACUUUGUCAUUUUCCUCCUGAUUUUGCUUCAAGUCAUAAUAAACUUUAUGUUCAAGUAGAAGUUCUCAUCAGUUGAAUCAGUGAACUGGGAAGAUCAGACUUGACCUGGGACCAGUGUUCAGAUUGGUUUGCUCUUUAUUAAAUAAAGCACGUCCAUACGUCUGACUCAAACAAAAUAGGAGAUGAAUGUAGAAGUGUCUGCCUCCCUUUCAUGUCUUUUAUCCUUAACCCGAAACAAGAGCUAUUCUAUUUGGUUAUU